AUUCCUUUCUCCACCAAACAAACAGCGCACAACAAAGCCAAAGGGAACAUGAGAACUCCCAAACACACCAAGCCAAAACAAAGACAACCUUAGAAACUGUCUCCCUUUUGUACAAAGAAAGAGAAAGAGAAGAGAGGAUCCGAACGGGGCUUUGGAUGGCGAGCGGGUGGGUCAAGUCGUUGCAAUGCAAAUCGAGAGCGUACGAGGACGUGUACCACCCGAACCCGAAGCACCUCAUACCCAGUGCCAGUUGCAGAAAGAGCGUGCAGAGCAUUAGGGACGUGAUUGACACCACCAAGCACAAGCCCAGAAACCCAAAGUCCACGUCGCCCAAGAGACAACCCGCUACAAAGCAUCCGCGACCCACCAAAUCCGAACCCGUUUCGGCCCCUGCAAGCCGGUCGGCACGUGCUCCGGAGCCCUACGUCCCGGCCCUGGCCGAGCUGCAUGAGGGCCACCCUUCUCGUAACGUCGUAGAGAUUAUCUUCCACACGAGUUGGAGCCCCAAAGCCUUUACGGGUCGGGUCGAGAUGAUUUUCAAGGUUCAGAACGGGUCCAGGACUGUGGCCCGCUUCGAGGAGUAUCGCGAGGCCGUCAAGUCUCGUGCUGGGUCGGGCGGCCCGACCGGUGGAGCCACGUGGGAAGAGAAUGCGCGGUGCGUCGCGGACGGAAACGAGGUGAUGCGGUUUCACUGCCUGGGGCCACCGUCUGGCGGCGGAGUGUAUGACGCUCGGGGCGGCGCGUGGGCGUUUCCAGGGCCGAAGGGAUCGGCGAUUUGCACGUUCUCCGGGAGUGGUGGGGCACACGAGAGCGCCGGCGGUGGAAGGGGCAGGAGGGCCAUGCUGGUUUGCCGGGUCAUAGCGGGUAGGGUCUCGAAGCGACUCCGGAUCGACUCGUUGUUGGAUGGUCGAGUCGGUUUCGACUCGGUGAGUGGGGACAACGGCGAGUUACUAGUGUUUGAUUCUCGCGCGGUGUUGCCUUGCUUUCUUAUCAUAUAUAAAUUGUAAAAAUACUAGGAAAUUUUUCAUUUAUUUUUUGAAGUUUUUUUUUAUUUUUUGGUCUUCUGAAUUUUUUCUUAAUGGAGAUUUGAUGAAGCUUCUUCUUUGCAUUUAUCAACACAGUUUUUCGUUUUGCUCUGUGUUGGGUGGUUGAUGGUUUUGUGUAAUUAUGAAAAGUUGUGUUGAUGAAUGCUAAUUAACCAAUUUACAGCUUCUUUGGUUUUGUAAAUUUUGGUGCCCAACAUAGUGGUAUAGGUGCCAAAACAUAUUAGUUAAUCAAUGUACCGUUUCAUUUCAUGCAAUUAGGGGGUUUUAAAUAAUUUAUUUGUGUGAUU